GAAACGAGGGGUUAGGGUUUAUCAAGGUCGACGGAAGAGGAACGUAGAGCAACACGACUGUCGAAAAUGUUUCCCGGAUUAUUUAUGCGCAAGCCGGACAAAGCGGCUGCGAUCAAGCAGCUCAAGAGCCACGUCGCUAUGUUUGGUGUAUGGGUCGCCGUCGUUCGCGUCACUCCUUAUCUCCUCCAUUACUUCUCCGAUCAAAAUGAAGAACUCAAGCUCGACCUCUGAUUCUUCCCCACCGCGGUUGUUUUUUUUUUUAAUUUUUCUCUGUAAGCAGAAACUUUUCCGGAAUCAAUUUAUUCGAGCUGUUAUAAUGUGUGCGUGAAUUUCCGUGCGGAAUUUGCGUAGCAUCUUUUAAAAAUUUUAGCAUUAAGGUUCUCUUUGGUCAACCUUUUGCUUGUUGAAAAGUUUAAUAUUUUGCAUUUUUUUCCGUCUUAAUGAGCUGGAGUUACAUUUGCAAGA